AUGUCUGCAUAUCAGGGCGCUAUCCUCCCAGAUGAACUCCUGUCCAUGAUAUGUGAGGAACUGGGACACGAGAGAGAAUUUGGCUCGCUUUACACAUGCGCACUUAGUUCAAAGUCUUUCGCAGACCCCGCGCUGCGGACCAUGUAUCAACUACAUCAGUAUUCUCCGGCAUUCGAGCAGAGAGAUGACUUAGAAGUCCGACAACAGCCAGUGGACUUCGUAACCAAGGCCACUGAACAGGCACAGUCAUACCGGAAAUGGACUGUGUUAUGGCGCUCCAUCACUUUGUCGAGUCUCGACGAUCACGUUACUUACAAGCCCUACUGUCGCUACAUCAAAACCCUGGAUUUCCGGAAUUUAUCACUUAUGUUGGAAGACCCUAAAUUCACAGGUCCUGUUCGAAAGCAGUUCUUUGCUGGGAAGCUCCAGUCUUUCCAUUUUUCGAAGACCGAAUAUAAGAGGCAGGUGGUAGACGUCGUUGCUACAGUGAAUGCAAUUGGAGACGCGGUGACCGCGAAGUCGACACUGUUAGAAGAGAUUGAUGGUCAUAUUAGUCCAGGGUUCUUACCGAGGUGGAUAUCUCGCUCUCCAAAGCUGGAGACGAUGGUACUUUGGAAAGGCGACGCCCUGGUCAACGGCGCCGGAGCCGCAAUUGCCGAGCAUUGUGACAAUUUUCGCAAUUUAACUCUUCAUGAAUGGAUGUCUCCGGAUGCAGACGAGGCGUUUGCCACUUUCUUGAACGAGCUCAAACCAGAUACGCUGAGUUACUUUGAAAUGAUCAGCAACAAUAAUCUUGGAAAGCAAUCCUUUCAAGCACUCGGCCGGCACAAAACACUGCAACAAUUGGACUUGGGGAGUUUGAACCAGGAUGCUGUGCGGAACCUGAACGCGCUCAAGGACUGCACAGAAAUUCAUACACUGAAGCUUGGUGACAACUACGGAAGCGUCCAGCUGGAGGUUCGAAACAAUGAAGUAUUUCUGGAAGUCGUCGAAUGGUUAAGCUCUUGCAAUACCCUCCGCGAUCUCAGUUUGAAGAAAUUCGUCGAUGGUCCCGCUUUACUCUCCAGAGUAUUGUGUUCCCCCAAUGUAAGGCUGACCCGCCUCUCUCUCGAAGGCUACACCGUACGCCAUACCAAUUCCCAGUUAUUCCACAGUGCAUUGGCCGAGCAGAGGACCCUCGAGUCGGUAUGGCUUAAGGGGAAUGGUGAAGAUACGAUGCCUGAUGACCUGCAAUUCAUGGUUGAGGGAUUGUGCAACUUGACGAAUCUAAGAGAGCUUGUCUUGAAAGACGUCUCUGAUGAGUUCACCGAAGAGCACAUCAUCUCCCUCGCUGUGAGCCUACCAUUGCUUGAAGAAUUUUGGACAAGUGGAGGCGAAGUGUCGGCCGACAUUCUCCAGCCUCUGGCAAACCUCAGAUACUUGAAGAACCUCACGUUGUACGCUAUGACACGGUUCCACUUGGGUGCGAUCAUGGAGUUCUUGAUGAGUCUUGAUCCUGAGAAGCAAAAGGGGUUCAAUCUAUCGCUGAUGGCCGUCGAUCCCGACUAUGAUUUGUCAGAGGAGACUCAAGAGAUGAUUCGCGAGUACAUGCGAGCAAACCUCGAUGGCCGGUUUGAUUUUGUCCUGUGGCGGGAGGCCGACCCCAGCGACAGCGAGGAGGAUUAG